ACGUUGUUUCCGGCCGGACGGAGCUGCUGCUGCUGCGGCUCUCUUUGCUCUCAAACACACGUUCAGCAUCAGACGGUGUCACGUGCGCACGAAGAACAACAAAGGGCGACGCGAUGCACGUGCACAGCUGAAGGAAACAGUGAUGCCAUAGAGAGAGGAGGUACUGCCCAGUCUCCUCCUCCACCCCCUGGAGGAGAGGUCUCCUCAGACAUGGCAACUGAACUCCAUGAGGCUAUUUUCGUGGCCAAGCAGGAGCGCCACAAAAACCUGUUCCUGAACUACAGAAACCUGAAUCAUUUCCCCGUAGAACUGCUGAAGGAUGAAGGCCUGCAGUUUCUGGAGAGACUGUACAUGAAGAGGAACUCGCUCACCUCACUGCCUGACAAUCUUGCUCAGAAGCUCCCAAAUCUAAUUGAGCUGUAUUUGCACUCAAACAACAUAGUCCUUAUUCCUGAAGCUAUUGGAAACCUGGCCAGACUGCAGUCAUUGGACCUGAGCAAUAACGCCCUCCAGUUCCUCUGUCCAGAGAUUGGCCGACUGAGGUCUCUACGGCACCUGAGACUGUCCAAUAAUCAUCUGAAAUGCCUUCCUCCAGAGAUCGGUGACCUGCAGGACCUGGAGACCCUGGACGUGUCGAUGAACCAGCUGAUGUCCCUCCCAGACCGGCUGCACCGCUGUGCCUCUCUGCAGAAUCUGACAGCGGACCACAACCUGCUGGGCCACAUUCCCCGGCAGCUCUGCUGGCUGCACCGCCUGAACCAGCUCUCCAUGGCAGCUAACCGGCUGACCUUUCUACCGCUCGAUCUGGGCCGAUCGCGAGAACUGCAGUUUGUGUUCGUGGACAACAACGUGGACCUAAAAGGCCUCCCCUCCUACCUUUACAACAAGGUCAUCGGCUGCAGCGGGUGUGGCGUGUCACCCCAGGGGUUGGAGGGCACCAUGGGGGAGGUGCCGGGUGAGGUGCUGAGCGAGGCUCUGGUCGGACUUCCGGCCGAAGUGAAGGUGGUGGGCUCAGAGAGGGACAGCGUGGUCCCCCUGGAGGAGAUCGCCAUGAGAGCCCUGCACCGCAUCUACCACCAUCACCCAACAGACCUGAGCUUGCUGCCUCCCAUCUCUCUCCCCAAGAGCCUGCUGGACCUGCUGCAGUUCCCCCUGGGCCACUGCCACCGCUGCAGUCAAACCAUGUUCACCAUCAUCUACCCAAAACUCUUCCCUCUCCGUGACACGGCACUGGCAGGCGUGCACCGCAGGACAACGGUGAGUUUCGUGGCCUACUGCUGCUCCAGUCGCUGCCUCCGGACCUUUAACCUCCAGGGAUGACGUUGUUUCCUCGUCCCUGCACACAUUUGCUCUGGAACUGCCGAGCAGUUUCCAGAAGGACGCAGGUAACGGCUUAUGUGUGUGCCUCAUGAGGAACGGCAAGCUCCGGUUCAUUGACAGUACGGAGAAGCAGCACAGAGAAAAUGUUUGGUGGGUCAAGACGACGGACACGCACGAUCCGCAACGUUUCAAGUCAAAGACUCAAACCUACGUGAUGUUCCUGAAUCCAACUAACUGGGAGGAUAGUGGUUCUCUGUGUGUGGUGGGGGUCUAUAUAAUAACUACCGUGUGUGAACAGUAAACUUACAGUAUUAGACCUAAAGUCACUACUAACAAAUGGGCACUUUGUAAGAACAAGCACUGUUUGACUUGAUGAUAUCUGACAUUUUUCACACAAAGGUUUAUACAACAGCAGACAUCCUGUUGAUUGUGGAGUCAUUUUUUUAGUACAGUUGGUUUUUACUGAUUAUUGAAGAAAAGAGAGGGGGGGGCGGCAAUGUGCAUCUAUUUCAUACGUGUAACUUCCAGCAACAGGCCCAGGGACAUAUUAGAAAAUUAUGGUAAAUUUAUUAAUAAAAGUAAGUAAUACGAGCCAAGGACUCGUCUCAAAACGUUUGUUAAAAAGAGUUUGCAGUGCCAGUCAUAUUGGGCAGGUAUCCGUUUUUUAAAAAUGUGACUUCUUUUGGAACAGAUUUUGGAUUUGCUAUGUUGUAAACAUGCUAAAAUGAAUGUUUUUAUCUUUACAUAAACCUAAAUGUGGUAAAUAAAAUUAGCAUGAACCCAAAAUGCUAAAUGGUGGAACAGGUCUGCAGUCCCGUUCAGUUUGAGGUCAAAAAGGCUUGUGCACAUAAGAGGAUCUCAUGGUAAACUGAUGCUCGUGUGUUAAUGUUUAUUACUGUGUUGUAUAAUUCUAAUUUAUCUUUUGUUUUUUGAUUGUAUUACGUUUGGCAGUAAAUUUUCACUGAAUUCAACAUUUUCCUGUGAUUAUUAUUAUUUUUUUUACAUCAAAUACAGUUUGUCAGAGUGGAAUGCAUAAACAAGUUGCUAAUGUGACAGUUGGA